UGCCCCCUAACGAGCGAGCCCGCGGCGUGUGCGGAGGACGGCCCCCGCCUUCGAGCCGUGUUCGACGCCCUGGGCGGCGAUGGGGACGGCUUCGUUCGCAUCGAGGAUUUCGUCCAGUUCGCCACGGCCUACGGGGCAGAGCAGGUGAAGGACUUAACGAAAUACUUGGACCCCGGCGGGCUUGGUGUGGUCAGUUUUGAGGACUUCUAUCGAGGGAUCACCGCUAUCAGGAAUGGAGGUCAGUCUCCCCCACCAUGUGUUUCCCUCUCCUCAUGUCCUCUGCUCCAGCCCUCGCCUUGCUGUGCCCUCACCCACCCUUAG